GUGGUCGUUCCUUUACUAACAAUGACCCCGGCUGCACCAGUCGCUUCCGGGAACUUUAGAGAAGGAGCUUUGAGUUCCGGUUGCUUGGGGGACAGGGAGAGAGUGUUGUAGCAGUCUCCUCAAUUUAUAAGGACGAUUUAGCAGGACCCAAAGCUGCUUCACCUUACUCACUGACAAUUGAGCUACACAAUGAGCAGAAGAUCCUUCAUCUCACAAUUAAGAUCAUUGAGCUGCUGACUGGAGAGGUUCCUAUAAGGAGUCAUGAUGUCGCUGUCUAUUUCUCCAUGGAGGAGUGGGAGUAUGUAGAAGGACUCAAGAAGAUCAUGAUGGCAAAACACCCGCCUUGGACACCAUCAGAUGGAUCCUGUGACAGGAAUACACCGGAGAGAAGUUCCAGUCCUGAGGAUUAUAAGAAUGUAGGCCUGGUUAUUGUUAAAAUUGAAGAGACAGAGGAAGAAGAGGAGAAAUAUGACUCGGAUGACCAAUUCUGUAAGGAAGAAGAGACAUCUAUAGAUAUAAGUACAUUAGAUGGAGAAAAUGCAGAAAAUAUUUCAGAAGGAAGAAACAAUCUUCCUGAAGAAUGUAAAAUGGAAGAUUAUAACAUUGUACAAGUCAGCCUAGGUGAUGAACUGGUGGAUCAGUCAUCUGAACCCUGUAGUAAUGUGGAUCCUUUCUCCAACAAUUCAGACUUUGCUGAACAGGAUGGCUCCUACCGAAUUCGUAAAGUAUUCCCCUGUCCUGAAUGUGGUAAAUGUUUUGCUCAUAAUUCGAAUCUUAUUACACAUCAGAGAACUCACACUGGGGAGAAACCAUUUCCAUGUUCAGAGUGCGGUAAGUGUUUUAAACAGAAAUCAGAUCUUGUUCGCCACGAGAGAAUUCACACUGGACAAAAACCCUUUCCUUGUUCUCAUUGCGGCAAGUGUUUUACGCAGAAGUCAGACCUUAUUAAACAUGAGAUAAAUCACACGGGACAAAAGCCCUUUCCAUGUUCGGAAUGUGGGAAAAGUUUCACACGAAAAUCUGUGCUUCUAAGACACCAGAGAAUCCAUACUGUGGAGACGCCAUUUUUGUGUUCCGAAUGUGGGAAGUAUUUUGUACAGAAGUCCGAUCUGGUUUACCACUUAAGAAUCCAUAUGGGCGAAAAGCCUUUUUCAUGUUCUGACUGUGGCAAAAGUUUCACUCAGAAGUCAGAUCUUGUUAUACAUCAGAGAAUUCACACAGGGGAGAAGCCAUUUUCGUGUUCUGACUGUGGGAAGUGUUUCACCCAUAAGACCAUGCUCAUCAAUCAUCAGAAAAUCCAUACAGGUGAAAAACCUUUUCCAUGCUCAGAGUGUGGGAAAUGUUUUGUGCAAAAGGCAAAUCUUGUUUAUCAUCAGAGGAUCCACACAGGAGAGAAGCCGUUUCCUUGUACCGAAUGUGGCCGAUGUUUUACACAGAAGUCAGAUCUCGUUCGACAUCAGAGAACUCACGGGGAACAGAAAUCACUGACCCAUUCUGAUAUAUAAAAAAGUUAUUGCACAAUUCAUAUUGCACAAGCGAUCCUUCCUCAAGUCUAAAGAGCAAGUGGAGGGCAGAAUUGGGACUGGUUUAUCUCGAGUCACCCAUAUCUAUUUAGAACUGUUCUGUAUACUUCUUGUAGACAUUGAGGAAUGUUAAUCGCUAAUUACAUUAUUAUCUGAAUUUAUCUGAUAUUGUAGUUUUGAACAUUGGAAAGUUGCAUUCAUGAGUGUCUCGAGCCACAUGUCGUGCAUGGCCACCCAUGCAAGUUCAUCUGUCAGAUGUCUACUGGACUGAUUUAUCUAGAAGAAAUUGGAGGUCUGAUGAAUGAACAGCAAUUUUCUAGCUAAUAUGAUAAGUAUGAUUAAUUUGAUUUGCACAUAAAAUAUGUCUGGUUUAUCUUUUUUUUAUGAUUAAAGGUAAAUCAGAUGA